UGGCUGAGUGACUGUAUGUGAUGUGUCACUCUGCCAAUCGUAGCACAGCAGACACUGCUGGGGAGUUCCUGUACUGAGCAGGAAUCUCCUCAGCGUUACAGCAGGGCAUACCAGUGGGCACAGCACAGCAGUUCCCAGUCACCAGCAGACCUUGCAUUGGCCACACACCCCGAUGAUAGUGGGCGGGGUUACAGAGCAGCGGAGCACAUAGGGAUUUACCCAGCAGUCCAGGUCUGAGUUCUUUCAAGGAUCAUAGUUCAGAGGAGGAUGACGAACCUAGCCUGAUCUCAGCCCUCUCUCAGGCAAUAACCAUGCAGGAAACCCAGCUGGGGCAAGCCCAACCGGUGAGAGCGACAACUGCUUCCUCUUCAGUCACUGCAUUUCUCCCUGGAAUUUACUGCAAAUCUGAUGUAUACGAUGAUUAUGAUGGAGAUGCUGUUCCCCUCCCACACAAAGAAGGACAGGAUAGCAAUCCCGAGACCAUCAAACUAACCAGCAUAUCCGAGACCAUUGCAGAGGCAAGCUCCCCCUUGACAGAAGAAGAGAACACCGCCCCAGAGACAAUGGAAGAGGGCAGCGCCCCCUCAACUACAGAAGAAACUAACACUCCUGAGACAAUAGUUGAUGUCAGCACCCCCUUGAUGUUAGUAGAGACCAGCAUCCCUAAGACAAUGAAAGAGUCAAGCACUCCUAAGACAGUGGCAGCAGCCAGCACUCUCAAGACCAAGGAAGAUACCAACAAUCCUGAAAUCAUGGGAAAGGCCAAUGCUACUGAGAUCACAGGAGAGUCCAGCACUCAUUCGACCAUAAAAGUGACCAACACUUUCAAGACCUUUGGAAACAACAACAUAAGCAUAGCAGAAGCCAAGGUCAUUGAAGAAGCCAAGUCCCUCAUCACCACUGAAAAAUAUCUGGGUGCUUGGGUGGUAGUCUUAUGUGUGCUUAUUCUGACAAAGGUAAUAUUCAUUUGUGGUGGCAUGAUGGUCUAUCUUUAUUACAAGAAAACCCACCGCAAACAAGGCUACAUCGUUGACAUCUAGGAGUCACAAACGGAGGUCCCCACUACCACCUGCUAUUAUGCCUAAAUAAAAACAUUGUGUUUGA